AUGGACGUUAAAAAAGAAUUGACGUAUGUGUACGGAUGGAACCACUACACGAUGAGAUUCAUUGGUAUAUGGCCGGACGAGAGGAAAUGGAAUCAAGCCUCGAGCUAUUUGGUAUUGACACCUAUUCUCAUGAUGCUGUGCUUCGUUUGCAUCCCGCAGACGCUCAAUAUCCCAAUCAUUUGGAAGGAUCUGUAUCUGGUGGUCGAGAAUUUAUCGGUGGCAAAUAUCACGAUCACGAUCGCGCUGCUGAAGACAAUCGCGUUUUGGUUUAAUGGUAAACCAUUGAAAUCCUUACUGAGAUGCAUGUCCCGGGAUUGGGCCAGCGAUGUGAAGCCCAGUGAACGCGAGAUCAUGAUGGGGAUCGCUAGGACUACGAGGACAACGAUCAUCAGGAGUACUCUGAUGGUCAAUGCCGUGGUGGGGUUUUACUGCUUCCUGCGAUAUUAUUCCGUUAAUUAUAGCGAAAACAAAUUGCUAUUUCGUGGAUACUUUCCGUACGACCAAACCACCAGCCGGAAUAUUUUGAUGACCGCGUUCGGUCAGUUGAUCGCAACGCUGUACGCGGCUGCUAGUUAUACGGCGGUGGACACUUUCGUCGCCAUGUUGGUCCUCCACGUGUGCGGUCAGCUGUCCAUUUUGAAGCAAGACAUACUGAGUCUUCGGGAGAACGGGGAAGAGAAGAUGCAAAUCGCUUUAGGGAGGAUCAUUAGGAAGCACGUGUACCUUAACGCGUUCGUGGAAACGAUAGAGAAGUGCUUCAACAUGAUGCUACUGCUUCAGAUGCUCGGUUGCACCGUGCAACUGUGUUUCCAGGUUUUCCAAGCUAUCAUGUCUUUGGGCGGUGAAGAAAAAUGGAUUGCAAUUUUUCAAAUCUUGUUCCUGGCACUCUACGUAGUUUAUGUUACAUUGCAGUUGUACUUGUACUGCCAUGUGGGAGAGAAACUCACAGUGGAGAGUGCAGAUAUAGCAAACGCAGCGUACAACUCUGAAUGGUACAAUCUGUCGGCGAAGAAUGCUAAAUUGUUGGUAAUUGUUAUAUGCCGAGGACAAUUACCAUUGCAGAUUACUGCGAGGCGGUUCUUUAGUCUCACUAUGGUCAUUUACGCCGAGAUUUUAAAAAGAUCGAUGGGCUACAUAUCCGUUCUGUACGCAAUGAAGAACAAAUAG